CAGCAGCAUAAUCAAGGACCAGUCUCACCCCGGCCACGCCCUCUUUCCCCCCUCUCCCAUCGGGCAAGAGGUACAGAAGUGUGAAAACGAACGCACACACCUCCAGAUUCAGGGACAGUUUCUUCCCGGCUGUUAUUCCCGGCUGUUCCUGGAGAGGCCCAGGACCGUCGGUGAGCAGUCGAGGAGGGUCAGGGCGGUGAGUAUAUAAAUCGGGCGCGGGGCUUGUUUUCACAGAGGCCCAGGACCGUUGGAGACAGUGGAGGAGGGUCGGGGCUUUUAUCAAAAUCCGUAACGUUCCACACUCCAUAGUGAGGGUUCUGGUGGAAGCCGCUGAUUGGUGGAAGCAGACUAGAGGAAGCAGCUGAUUGGGUGCAACAUCAGGUUAGCAUUUGUGCUUUCUGGUUAAAGGUGCAGUGCUUUAGUAAAGGUACAGUGAGCCAAGGGUACAGUGGGUUAAAGGUGCAGUGCUUUUUGUUUAUAUAAUAAAGGUGCAGUUUAAAGGUCACGAGGGAGCAGCUGUUGUGAGUCAGAUACCUGCUGAUUUCUCCCAGCAGUUUCUAUUGUAUUAUACUGGUAUCAGAUCCAGGGUAAGGCGGGAGAAUGACAGUCAGAGCAGUAUACUGUUCUGGAUGUCAGAUGUGGGAGGUCAUGGUGUCGGAUGGCCCUCCAGACAUCCACAUCUGCACCAGGUGCAGCGAGAUGGGGCUCCUAAGGGACCGUAUUAGGAUCCUGGAGCAGCAGCUCGAUGACCUCGCUCUGAUCAGGGAGAGUGAGGAGGUCAUAGAGGGGAGUUUUAGAGAGGUGGUCACUCCAAAACCACGGGAGAGAGACAUGUGGGUCACGUUAAGGAAGGGCAAGGGGCAGAGGCAGGAACGAGUGAGUACUCCAAUGUCGGUACACCUCGCAAAUAAGUACUCCUGUUUGAGUACGGAUGGGGGUGACAGCCUACCCGGGGGUAGUGACAGCGGACGGGCCUCCAGCACAGAGACCGGCCCUGUUGCUCCAAAAGGUAGGGAAAAAAAGAGGGCAAUAGUAAUUGGGGACUCUAUUGUUAGGGGGUCGGAUAGGCGAUUCUGUGGACGCAGUCGGGAGACCAGGAUGGUGGUCUGCCUCCCUGGUGCCAAGGUCUCGGACGUGUCUCAACGCAUCCAAGAUAUCCUUAAAGCAGAGGGAGAGGAGCCUGAGGUCGUGGUACAUAUAGGUACCAAUGACAUAGGAAAAAAAAGGGAAGAGGUCCUGAAGGGAGGAUUUAGGGAGUUGGGAGGAGAGUUAAGAAAAAGGACCAAAAAGGUAACAAUCUCAGGAUUACUGCCUGUGCCACGCGACAGUGAGAGUAGGAAUGGAGCGAGGUGGAGGAUAAAUGCGUGGCUGAAAGACUGGUGCAGAGGGCAGGGAUUCAAGUUCCUGGAUCAUUGGGACUUCUUUUGGGGAAGGUGGGACCUGUACAGAAAGGAUGGGUUGCACUUGAACCCGAGGGGGACCAAUAUCCUAGCGGGGAAAUUUGCAAAGGCAGCUGGGGAAACUUUAAACUAGAAUGGUUGGGGCGAGGGACUCAAAUAGCGAAAGGUAGUAGACAGAAUGGGAGGCAGGAAGCAGAAAUGGGAAGCACUCGGACACAAGAGGAGAAAGAAAAAAAAGGAAAUAAACAGAGAAUAAGAGACGGGGGUUUUCUUAAAUGUGCAUAUUUUAAUGGUAGGAGCAUUGUAAGAAAGGUGGAUGAGCUUAGAGUCUGGAUAGACACCUGGAAGUAUGAUGUUGUGGCGAUCAGUGAAACAUGGUUGCAGGAGGGCUGUGAUUGGAAACUAAAUAUUCCAGGAUUUCGUUGCUUCAGGUGUGAUAGAAUUGGAGGGGCAAGAGGUGGAGGUGUUGCAUUGCUAGUCAGGGAAGAUAUUACAGCAGUGCUUUGGCAGGAUAGAUUGGAGGGCUCAUCUAGGGAGGCUAUUUGGGUGGAAUUGAGAAGUGGGAAAGGUGUAGCAACACUUAUAGGGGUGUAUUAUAGACCGCCAAACGGGGAACGAGAAUUGGAAGAGCAAAUAUGUAAGGAGAUAGCAGAGAUUAGUAGUAAGCACAAGGUAGUGAUUGUGGGAGAUUUCAACUUUCCACACAUAGACUGGGAAACACAUUCUGUAAAUGGGCUGGAUGGGUUGGAGUUUGUAAAAUGUGUGCAGGAUAGUUUUUUGCAGCAAUACAUAGAGGUACCUACUAGAGGAGGGGCAGUGCUGGACCUCCUGUUAGGAAAUGAGACGGGACAGGUGGCGGAGGUAUGCGUUGGGGAGCACUUCGGGUCCAGUGAUCACAAUACCAUUAGUUUCAAUAUAAUUAUGUAGAGGGUCAGAACUGGACCUAGGGUUGAGAUUUUUGAUUGGAGAAAGGCUAACUUUGAUGCGAUGCGAGAUGAUUUAAUAGGAGUGAACUGGGACAUUUUGUUUUAUGGGAAAGAUGUAGAAGAGAAAUGGAGGACAUUUAAAGGGGAAAUUUUAAGAGUACAGAAUCUUUAUGUUCCUGUUCGGUUGAAAGGAAACAGUAAAAAUUGGAAAGAGCCCUGGUUUUCAAGGGAAAUUGGACAUCUUGUUCGAAAAAGAGGGAGAUCUACAAUAAUUAUAGGCAGCAUGAAGUAAAUGAGGUGCUUGAGGAGUAUAAGGAAUGUAAAAAGAAUCUUAAGAAAGAAAUUAGAAAAGCUAAAAGAAGAUAUGAGGUUGCUUUGGCAAGUAAGGUGAAAGUCAAUCCAAAGGGUUUCUACAGCUAUAUUAAUAGCAAAAGGAUAAGGAGGGAUAAAAUUGGUCCAUUGGAGAGACAGAGUGGACAGCUAUCUGCAGAGCCAAAAGAGAUGGGGGGGAUAUUGAACAAUUUUUUUUUCUUCGGUAUUCACCAAGGAGAAGGAUAUUGAAUUAUGUGAGGUAAGGGAAACUAGUAGAGUAGCUAUGGAUACUAUGAGGUUCAAAGUAAAAGAAGUACUGACACUUUUGAAAAAUAUAAAAGUGGAUAAGUCUCCAGGUCCUGACAGGAUAUUCCCUAGGACAUUGAGGGAAGUUAGUGUAGAAAUAGCCGGGGCUAUGACAGAAAUAUUUCAAAUGUCAUUAGAAACGGGAAUAGUCCCCGAGGAUUGGCGUACUGCGCAUGUUGUUCCAUUGUUUAAAAAGGGUUCUAAGAGUAAACCUAGCAAUUAUAGACCUGUUAGUUUGACUUCAGUGGUGGGCAAAUUAAUGGAAAAGAUACUUAUAGAUAAUAUAUAUAAGCAUCUAGAUAAACAGGGUCUGAUUAGGAACAGUCAACAUGGAUUUGUGCCUGGAAGGUCAUGUUUGACUAAUCUUCUUGAAUUUUUUGAAGAGGUUACUAGGGAAAUUGACAAGGGUAAAGCAGUGGAUGUUGUCUAUAUGGACUUUAGUAAGGCCUUUGACAAGGUUCCUCAUGGAAGGUUGGUUAAGAAGGUUCAACUGUUGGGUAUAAAUGCAGGAAUAGCAAGAUGGAUUCAACAGUGGCUGAAUGGGAGAAGCCAGAGGGUAAUGGUGGAUGGCUGUUUAUCGGGUUGGAGGCAGGUGACUAGUGGGGGGCCUCAGGGAUCUGUGUUGGGUCCUUUGUUGUUUGUCAUGUACAUCAAUGAUCUGGAUGAAGGUGGUAAAUUGGAUUAGUAAGUAUGCAGAUGAUACCAAGAUAGGGGGUGUUGUGGAUAAUGAAGAGGAUUUCCAAAGUCUACAGAGUGAUUUAGGCCAUUUGGAAAAAUGGGCUGAAAGAUGGCAGAUGGAGUUUAAUGCUGAUAAAUGUGAGGUGCUACACCUUGGCAGGACAAAUCAAAAUAGGACGUACAUGGUAAAUGGUAGGGAAUUGAAGAAUACAGUUGAACAGAGGGAUCUGGGUAUAACCGUGCAUAGUUCCUUGAAGGUGGAAUCUCAUAUAGAUAGGGUGGUAAAGAAAGCUUUUGGUAUGCUAGCCUUUAUAAAUCAGAGCAUUGAGUAUAGAAGCUGGGAUGUAAUGUUAAAAUUGUACAAGGCAUUGGUGAGACCAAAUCUGGAGUAUGGUGUACAAUUUUGGUCGCCCAAUUAUAGGAAGGAUGUCAACAAAAUAGAGAGAGUACAGAGGAGAUUUACUAGAAUGUUGCCUGGGUUUCAACAACUAAGUUACAGAGAUAGGUUGAAUAAGUUAGGUCUUUAUUCUCUGGAGCGCAGAAGGUUAAGGGGGGACCUGAUAGAGGUCUUUAAAAUGAUGAGAGGGAUAGACAGAGUUGAUGUGGACAAGCUUUUCCCUUUGAGAAUAGGGAAGAUUCAAACAAGAGGACAUGACUUCAGAAUUAAGGGACAGAAGUUUAGGGGUAAUAUGAGGGGGAACUUCUUUAUGCAGAGAGUGGUGGCGGUGUGGAAUGAGCUCCCAGUGGAAGUGGUGGAGGCAGGUUCAUUGGUAUCAUUUAAAAAUAAAUUGGAUAGGCAUAUGGAUGAGAAGGGAAUGGAGGGUUAUGGUACGAGUGCAGGCAGGUGGGACUAAGGGGAAAAAAAUUUGUUCGGCAUAGACUUGUAGGGCCGAGAUGGCCUGUUUCCGUGCUGUAAUUGUUAUAUGGUUAUAUAUGGUUAUCAGGCAUCUGAACCAUUCUACCACAACCAGAGAGCAGACCUGAACUACUAUCUACCUGAUUGGUGACCCUCGGACUAUCCUUGAUCGGACUUUACCUUGCACUAAACGUUAUUCCCUUAUCAUGUAUCUGUACAGUGUGGACGGCUCGAUUGUAAUCAUGUAUUGUCUUUCCACUGACUGAUUAGCACACAACAAAAGCUUUUUCACUGUACCUCGGUACACGGGACAAUAAACUAAACUGUAAAAACUGGAAACACACCUCUGGUUAUACUUAUAGGUAAGAGCUUCAAUAUGUGGAUUGCAGUUUUGCUUACAGUAGGGAUAAUACUGAUCGCUGAGUUAGCUGGAAUCCUCAUCUCCAAGUGGUAAGUGUAAAUAAAUCCACAUUUUUAUUUCCAAAUCUAUCCCUUUGUCAUCUGCUUCUUAUAACUGCUUCUGCCAGGCUAACGGGUCAGGUAUGCAGCAUCUCUGUGGAGAACGUGGACAGGUACAAAGUGCUGGAGUAACUCAGCGGGUCAGGCAGCAUCUCUGGAGAUUAAGCAAUAGGUGAUAUUUCGCAUUGGGACAUUCAUCAGACUGAAAGGUUGAGAAAGCCAGAACAAAACUGCCAGCAACAGAUGACCUUUGACUAUUGUGAGCCGUUUUGGGCCCUGUAUCUGAGGAAGGAUGUGCCGGCUCUGGAGACGGUCCAGAGGAGGUUUACGAGAAUGAUCUCGGGAACGAGUGGGUUAACAUAUGAUGGGCACUGGGCCUGUACUCACUGGAGUUUAGAAGGAUGAGGGGCCCCUCAUUGAAAUCUAAAGAAUAGUUAAAGGCCUGGAUAGAGUGGAUGUGGAGAGGAUGUUUCCACUAGUGGGAGAGUCCAGUACCAGAGGGCACAGCCUCAGAAUUAAAGAUCGUUCCUUUUGGAAGCAGAUGAGAGGAAUUUCUUUAGUCAGAGGGUGGUGAAUCUGUGGAAUUUUUUGCCACUGAUGGCUGUGGAUGCCAAGUCAAUGGAUAUUUUUAAGGCAGAGAUGGAUAGAUUCUUGAAUAGUGCGGGUGUCAGGGUUUAUGGGGAGAAGGCACGAGAAUGGGGUUAGGAGGGAGAAAUAGAUCAGCCAUGAUUGAAUGGUGGAAUAGACUUGAUGGGCCAAAUGGCUUAAUUCUGCCCCUAUCAUUAAUUACCUGAUAAUCUUAUGACCUACGUCUAAUACAACUGCAACUUUGACUUUGUUGAUGUGCAGAUGUGCUGUAAACUUGAUGUGACCUUCUGUUGUUCCAAGAGGGAAGAUGUGACAACGGAGAAGGCUUCAGGAAACCACGAUACCAAUGUGAUCUACUGCCCACACUCUGCCACCAAUCAGGUAGUGGAUCUCUGCAUUUAAUCUCAACUACAGAUGAUACAAAAGUGGACACUAAAAGCUGGAGUAACUCAGCGGGACAGGCAACAUCUCUGGAGAUACAUGGAUUGGACAAGCUUGGAGGGAUAUGGAGCAAGCACAGGCAGGUGGGACCAAUGUAGCUGGGACAUGUUGGCCGGUGUGGGCAAGUUGGGCCGAAGGACUUGUUUCCACACUGUAUCACUCUAUGACUCUAUAUAGACGAUGAUGUGGAGAGAUAAAGAACAAUGAAUGAAAGAUAUACAAACAGGAAACAGGCCACUGUUAAACCCCUGUUUCACGGGGCGACUUGACGCAAGAGUUAACCAAAGUUGAACAUCGUGGGAACCUCUUGCGAUAACCGUACGGCAUUCGUGAACCACCGUGGCGCUAACGGCAGGUACUCGUGUAACUUGGUGACUCAGGAGAAAAUUCAAACAAGCUUGAAUUUCUCCAAGAGUGACUUGUACACUUGUGGUUGAACAUCGCAACAUUAUAUGCACGUAGUGGCCAGUGCGAUAUCCGUACUGACUCUUGCGUGUACCGUGGGAACUCCUGCGAACGGUAAACCCGGAAGCUGGACAGAGGGGACAGAAGGUGAGUAAAAAUUGUCUUCUGUGGGAUUGAAUUUAAAAAAUAAAGAUUUGCAUCCGCAUAUGGACAUCAACUUAUUCAUGAGUUAUGUUAGACAUUCAAGAAAAUAACUAUAAUCUUUAAAAGGGACUUUACUGAAAGGUCCCGCAUUUUUAUGGUCCGUGAGAAAUUUUUCACAUGUACUUCUUUGAGAGAUAGAGCUCAGAGUCCUCGCCGACCAGCGAUCGAUGCCUUUCCGAAGCAGGGUCCGGAACGCUACCAAUCAAUGUUCUCCAGAGACCCGUGUAAAGGAGUGA